GAAAUUGCAGACAAACAUAAUCAAGAAGCCAUUCAUACAAUCUCGUGAUCCGUACUCCUAUUCAAUUGAUCACUUGAGCUUCCUAAGAACGUGCUCGCAGCAGUUAGAGAGCUACCUACUCGAAAGCCACAUCUCCUGCCAAAGAUGGACGCCAUAUCAUAUUACAGCUUCGCCUCAUGCGGCUGGAACGCGAUCCAAGCGAUAUCGCUACUAAUCGGACCCCAAGCCAUAAUCACCCUCCUCACGCGAGAAGAGAACCUCCAAGCCGCAGCAACAUCGACCUCCGCAGUCGGCGAAGCCUCGCAAUAUCUCGCGCGUAGCUUAGGUCUCGCACUCCUAGCGCUAGGCUUCGUGACCGUCGCGUUAUCAGGGAGUGUCCCUGUCGGAUCGGCGCUCGACAACACCGCCGAAUCGCCCUCUCCCUACGCAGCCCCCGUCGUCCUCCUGACGACGCUGUACCACGGCUCGACGGCGUUCCACAGCUGGGCGCGGUACGCCGCGACGGGGCGCAACGGGUAUUUCCUCGGCUUCGUCGGCAGCGCGGUGCUCGCGGCCUUCGGCAUCUGGUGUCUCCUUUUCGGCGGCGAGAAAGGUCGCAUUAGCAGACGCACGGGUGCCGAUAAGCGGACGAGCGGGUUCCCGUUCCGCAAUGCUGAGGCUGAUCGUCGGAAAGUGCGGUAGAAGAGGCUUCAUGUCUUACCUCUUCUAACUGAUUAGAGAGGGAAGUUUGUGUAGAAUAUAUGUAGCAUAGCCUCUCGAGUUAGAGAGGAGCUGGGUUGCACCUCUGUUGUGGUAUGGCUAGAUCAAUGUGCAAAUUUGCUACCCGAACGCGACCUUUGU